CAGAACACAAAUUGGAAACGCUGUCAUUAAGUUUGUCUCCUUCGGCUCUCCGUAGAUCACCGACAUAUUGUUUGUGGGGAGCAAAUUCUGGAAGACAAGGAGAGUGUUAAGAUUACAGCGUUGAUAUAACUAGUAAUCAAAGCGUAUAUCAGUAAAGAAAGCACGAUGGAGCCUUCAGGAAGUCCUGCAAAGGAUAAUUUUAGGAUGAACCGCUACAAGAACAAAGCCCUCAACCUGGAGGAGAUGCGUCGGAGAAGGGAGGAGGAAGGCAUUCAGCUGAGGAAACAGAAACGAGAGCAACAGCUGUUUAAGAGGAGAAAUGUGGAGCUGCUGGGUGAAGAAGGGGGGAUGUUUGACAGUCCACUUAUGGAUUCCUACGUCUCCUCCACCACAGCACCAGAUGGAGUAAUUACAAGAGACAUGGUUGAAAUGCUCUUCUCAGAAGAUCCUGAACUACAACUGGUCACAACACAGAGGUUCAGAAAACUACUUUCCAAAGAACCAAACCCACCUAUUGAUGAGGUGAUAAGCACACAGGGAGUUGUGACUAGAUUCGUUGAGUUCCUUCAGAAAAGUACAAAUUGCACAUUACAGUUUGAAGCCGCUUGGGCAUUGACCAACAUUGCGUCUGGAACAUCUCAGCAGACAAAGUUUGUGAUCGAGGCCGGUGCCGUACCUGUCUUCAUCGAGCUUCUCAACUCUGAGUUUGAAGACGUGCAGGAGCAGGCUGUUUGGGCUUUGGGGAACAUUGCGGGAGACAGCGCUGUUUGCAGAGAUUAUGUGCUAAACUGUAAUAUCCUUCCUCCUCUACUAAUGCUGCUGACCAAAUCAACUCGUCUCACAAUGACCAGGAAUGCUGUGUGGGCCUUGUCCAACCUCUGCAGAGGCAAAAGUCCACCCCCAGACUUUGAGAAGGUGUCUCCAUGCCUGCCUGUGCUGUCCCGUCUGUUGUUUAGCAGUGAUUCAGACCUGCUAGCCGAUGCCUGUUGGGCUUUGUCCUAUCUCUCCGAUGGGCCCAAUGAGAAGAUCCAGGCAGUUAUUGAUUCCGGGGUCUGCAGGAGGCUGGUGGAGCUGCUCAUGCACACUGAUUACAAGGUGGCCUCUCCUGCGCUGAGGGCCGUUGGAAACAUUGUUACAGGAGAUGACAUUCAGACACAGGUGGUGUUGAACUGCUCGGCUCUCCCCUGCCUCCUGCACCUGCUUAGUAGCGCCAAGGAAUCCAUCAGGAAGGAGGCGUGCUGGACCAUCUCCAACAUCACAGCGGGAAACAGAGCGCAGAUUCAGGCCGUAAUAGAUGCAAACAUCUUCCCAGUCUUGAUAGAUAUCCUACAGAAAGCAGAAUUCCGCACUAGGAAGGAGGCGGCGUGGGCGAUCACUAAUGCCACGUCAGGUGGCACACCCGAGCAGAUCAGGUAUCUGGUGAAUUUGGGCUGCAUUAAACCCCUCUGUGAUCUGCUGACUGUGAUGGACUCCAAGAUCGUACUGGUGGCUUUGAAUGGUCUGGAGAACAUUCUCAGACUGGGCGAACAGGAGGCCAAACAGAACGGCAGCGGCCUCAACCCUUACUGCAGUCUCAUAGAAGAAGCCUACGGGUUGGACAAAAUCGAGUUCCUACAGAGUCAUGAAAAUCAGGAGAUCUACCAGAAAGCCUUUGACCUCAUCGAGCACUACUUUGGAGUAGAGGAAGAGGAUGCCAAUCUGGCACCCCAGGUGGAUGAGAACCAGCAGCAGUUUCUUUUCCCGCAGCAGGAGGCCCCCAUGGAGGGCUUCCAGCUAUAACCAGCCUUCAGACUCUUCCUGGCCGCCCCUUACCUUUACACCCAUCCCUGCACCCCAUACCGGUACUAAAACAUACGUCGGAAACACUCAGAGCGCAACCACUGAUAUCUGAGUAAACCAAAUUUCAAUCCACGACCCAGACUGAUUAAUUUAGACACUGAGGUGUGUUUCACAGAGGGGAACAUAUCCACUGCCCCGAGAGAGAUGGAUUUUAGUUUCUUUCAUUCUCCCCCUCAGUGAUGCAGCUAAAUAAUCAUCCCCCUCAGGUAGAAAUCGUGGCGCCGUGUCUUUUCUUUCUUUCUUUUUAAGGGGAGGUAUGCUACAGGUAUGUUUUCCCCUUUCACUGAAAUCAGAAAUAAUCCUCAUCAUUUUGAUCCUGGUUUGUUUUUCAUCAUUUUGCAUUUUUUUGUUCAUUAUUCAUAUCCUGGAUAUUAAACAAGCCUGGUUGUGUUUGAUAUCAGCAGAUGCGUUUCAUAAAGAUUUAAGCACUCUUCAAAGGCUUUUUCCGAAGCCGUUUUGUUUUUCUUAGUAUUAGUAUUCAUCAUUUCAGACCAUGCUGGGUGUGGAGUUCACGUAGAGUCUAUUUGACGUGAUGGUGGUGGGUGGUGUUGAAAUAAUCCAGGUAUUUUAGUAAAAGAGUAUCCUAACAAAAGUCAUUACUGUUAACAGAAAAUGACUGGGGCCCCAAAAAGCCCGUUUAGUAAAGAUAAUGCCCAGUUUCCUUUUUUUGUUUUGUUUUUUCUUAACAAGUCAGCGGUGAAAUAUCUAGCUGUAGGAUGUUCGUGGUGUGCAGUGUUAUGAAUAACUUUUGAUCAAAAGGCUUUAACUUUGAAAUGCGAUCUGUGGGAAAUCCGCACUUAUCUGAGGGCCGGAGUGAUGCACGUGAUGGAGUCUUAAUUCUGCUCGGUUUUUCUCGUCAUUACUUAGAGCAUAGGAAAUCUGGGUGGUUUGUUCAGCGCAGCCCUCAGUAUGUGCAUGUUGGGGUUUUGCAUGGUGUUCUGUUGGUAUCAUUUUGUAUCCCUUGCCAGAUCCUCAUUCAACAAUUAGCUCGCGCUCAUUAGAUGAAGUAGUUCCGGUUUCUGUACUUUUGCCGGUGCUGUCGGUAUGGCAAGGAAUACUUAUUUAAACAAUGAUAUGUAUGGGCAAAAAAUAUAUAUAUAUAAAUAUAUAUAGAUAUUAUGUUCUAUUUGCACACACCUUGCACACAUGCAUACAAGACCAGCAUACACUUCAUAAACAUAUACACAGCAUAAAACUGAGGGGAAAUGACUUCCAUAAUCUCCAAACAUCUUUUUUUCUGCGUAAGCAAGUACGUUCAUAUUGCUCCGCCUUUUGGCACUUUUUGAGUUGAUGCACUAAGUUAAACACACCUGAGUUUGAUGUUGGACUGCUGUGGAUUUCAAACGGAGGGAAUGAAAUUAAUUAACCUCCCGUAUGAAGCUUACUGUGGUUUGCUUUAAAACUGUGAGUAAACUUUUCACAUCAUUAUGGAAGCAUUUUUCCUCUACCUCCAUAAUACACUGACCGAAGGGUGCUUCUCUGAGUGAAUGCUAGGGGUCUUUUGAUUUAGAACGGGCAUGUGUCUCUCAAAACAUAGCGGAUGAUGACUGACGGAUUCUGAUGUGAAAGGAAGUAAUCAGCAUCUGUUCUUAAUAGAGCAGCAUCUUGUUUCAUAGAAGCCUUUUCCUUCUAUAAAUGUCAAUCUGAUGCGAUUCCCGAUCAGAACUGAUAACCGUAAGGAGGUUUCCAUACUAAUUUGAAAGUGAGACUUGAGUUGAACUCUUUAAAAAUACCUCUCCGCAAUCUGAUGUACUUUAACAACAGGGUUUUCUUUUAAAUCGGUUCAAAUCCUAGUUCUGAUGACAUUUGCAGGAAGCUGAUUUAGAAUGAGGAUGCUGUGAUCAUCCAGAUCCACAUUAGAGAAAUAGGAAAAGUAAGACUGAGAUCAUGGGCGGGAAGUAAACUAUGCUUGUUAAAAUAUAUCUAAAGGUCUACAAGACCACUGGGUGGGUUCAUAUGUUGAUUUAAAAAAAAAAAAAAAAAAAAAAAAAAAAAAAAAAAAAAAAAAAAGAAGAA